AUGUUCUCUCAGUUACAGACCCCAAUUUCCUUUUCUCUCCUUUCCUCUUCUCUCUCCUCUUAUAUUCUCUUUUAUCUCCUCUUCUCUACUAUACUCUUCAUCUUCUUCUUUUCUACUCUUCUCUCCUCUUCUGUCCCUUUUCUUCUCUUCUUUUCUUCUUUUCUCCUCCUUUUUACUCCUUUUCUUUUCUUCUCUUUUUCUUCUCUUUUUUCUCCUUUUCUUUUCUUCUCUUUUUUUCUCCUCUUCUUUUCUUCUCUUUUUUUCUCUUUUUCUUUUCUUCUCUUUUUUCUCUUUUUCUUUUCUUCUCUUUUUUCUUUUCUUUUCUUCUCUUUUUCUCUUUUUCUUUUCUUCUCUUUUUUCUCUUUUUCUUUUCUUCUCUUUUUCUCUUUUUCUUUUCUUCUUUUUUCUCUUUUUCUUUUCUUCUCUUUUUUCUCUUUUUCUUUUCUUCUCUUUUUUCUCUUUUUCUUUUCUUCUCUUUUUUUCUUUUUUCUUCUCUUUUUUUCUUUUUCUUUUCUUCUCUUUUUCUCUUUUCUUUUCUUCUCUUUUUCUCUUUUCUUUUUCUUUUCUUUUUCUCUUUUCUUUUCUUUUCUUUUUUCUCUUUUUCUUUUCUUCUCUUUUUUCUUUUUUUCUUCUCUUUUUUCUUUUUCUUUUCUUCUCCUUUUCUUUUCUUCUCUUUUCUUCUCCUUUUCUUUUCUUCUCUUUUCUUCUCCUUUUCUUUUCUUCUCUUUUCUUCUCCUUUUCUUUUCUUCUUUUUCUUCUCCUUUUCUUUUCUUCUCUUUUCUUCUCCUUUUCUUUUCUUCUCUUUUCUUCUCCUUUUCUUUUCUUCUCUUUUCUUCUCCUUUUCUUUUCUUCUCUUUUCUUCUCCUUUUCUUUUCUUCUCUUUUCUUCUCCUUUUCUUUUCUUCUCCUUUUCUUCUCCUUUCUUUUCUUCUCUUUUCUUCUCCUUUUCUUUUCUUCUCUUUUCUUCUCCUUUUCUUUCUUCUUUUUUCUUCUCCUUUUCUUUUCUUCUCUUUUCUUCUCCUUUUCUUUUCUUCUCUUUUCUUCUCCUUUUCUUCUCCUUUCUUUUCUUCUCCUUUUCUUCUCCUUUCUUUUCUUCUCUUUUCUUCUCCUUUUCUUUUCUUCUCUUUUCUUCUCCUUUUCUUUUCUUCUCUUUUCUUCUCCUUUUCUUUUCUUCUCUUUUCUUCUCCUUUUCUUUUCUUCUCUUUUCUUCUCCUUUUCUUUUCUUCUCUUUUCUUCUCCUUUUCUUUUCUUCUCUUUUCUUCUCCUUUUCUUUUCUUCUUCUUUUCUUCUUUUCUUUUCUUUUUCUUCUCUUUUUCUUCUCUUUUUCUUUUCUUCUCUUUUCUUUUCUUUUCUUCUCUUUUUCUUUUCUUCUCUUUUCUUCUCUUUUUCUUUUCUUCUCUUUUUUCUUUCCUUUUCUUCUCUUUUCUUUCCUUUUCUUCUCUUUCUUUUCUCUUUCCUUUUCUUCUCUUUUCUUUUCUCCUUUUCUUUUCUUCUCCUUUUCUUUUCUUCUCUUUUCUUCUCCUUUUCUUUUCUUCUCCUUUUCUUCUCCUUUCUUUUCUUCUCCUUUCUUUUCUUCUCCUUUCUUUUCUUCUCCUUUCUUUUCUUCUCCUUUCUUUUCUUCUCCUUUCUUUUCUUCUCCUUUCUUUUCUUCUCCUUUCUUUUCUUCUCCUUUCUUUUCUUCUCCUUUCUUUUCUUCUCCUUUCUUUUCUUCUCCUUUCUUUUCUUCUCCUUUCUUUUCUUCUCCUUUCUUUUCUUCUCCUUUCUUUUCUUCUCUUUUCUUCUCUUUUCUUCUCUUUUCUUCUCUUUUCUUCUCUUUUCUUUUCUUUUCUUUUUUCUUUUCUUCUCCUUUUCUCCUCUUUUUCUUUUCUCCUCAAUAAGUUUCUCUAACAUUAGUAAUAUUGUUAUAAUUUACAUCUCUAUAUCUCUGUCUGUCUGUCACUUGCUUCCUAUGUCUUUGUCUGUCUCUGUUUCUGUCUCUCUCUGUCUAUCUUUAUCUCUGUCUAUCUUUAUCUCUGUCUAUCUUUAUCUCUGUCUAUCUUUAUCUCUGUCUAUCUUUAUCUCUGUCUAUCUUUAUCUCUGUCUAUCUUUAUCUCUGUCUAUCUUUAUCUCUGUCUAUCUUUAUCUCUGUCUAUCUUUAUCUCUGUCUAUCUUUAUCUCUGUCUAUCUUUAUCUCUGUCUAUCUUUAUCUCUGUCUAUCUUUAUCUCUGUCUAUCUUUAUCUCUGUCUAUCUUUAUCUCUGUCUAUCUUUAUCUCUGUCUAUCUUUAUCUCUGUCUAUCUUUAUCUCUGUCUAUCUUUAUCUCUGUCUAUCUUUAUCUCUGUCUCUCUAUCUCUCAUACACACUCUCUCUCAUACACUCUCUCUCUCAUACACUCUCUCUCUCAUACACUCUCUCUCUCAUACACUCUCUCUCUCUCUCUCUCUCUCAUCUCUCUCAUCUCUCUCAUACACUCUCUCUCAUACUCUCUCUCUCUCUCUCUCUCUCUCUCUCUCUAUAUAUAUAUAUAUAUAUAUAUAUAUAUAUAUAUAUAUAUAUAUAGACAGGAAUAUCUUAUUUUUUCCAAAUUUUUCAUAUUCAUAUUUCAUACAAUCACUAUUUUUUUUCAAUUUAACCCUUAUUUUUCUCUCUCUCUCUCUCGCAACAUACUUCUCAUACUUUUUCCUUCUCCUCCACUUAUCUUCUCUCCUUGUCUUGUCUACUUCGAUUUUUUUCUUUCAUUCAUUCAUUCAUUCCUUUCUCUCUCUCUCUCUCUCUUUCACUUCACACUCUUUUUGUCUUUCAUAUUUCCUUUUGCUUUUCUUUUACUCUUGAUUCCUCUUUAUACACAUAACCCCCUUUCUUUCAUUUAA